CCACGAUUCACCCGUCGCGCAGAUUCUGCGCCGCGUUAAUUAAUAAAGCGCGAUGACAAUCAUUCACUCGUGUAAUCGGUCGCCUCAACGUUACGAGCACUCACCGCGAGAGUAGAAAACGGUUAUUUCAAUUGUUUGUUUAGAAUCUGGAUUGUUAAACUUGAGUUUUAAGUGUACUCUGCAACAGUAUAAAUAAUAUAUUUUGCAAUCUGGAGAUUGCACAGAGGCUGAACUUCGUCUUCGAGAGUGCGACUGAUAAGCAAGUUUCGUUUUGUGUGGUUUUGUGAUUGGAUAGGUUAGGUGGUAGAUGACAGAUUACGAAUGACAGAUAAGGGGAAGCUUGUAGGAGAGGAAGAUCCACGAUUGGUAUCCCACUUCUGAAGUUGUAGGAAGAUGAAACACUUUAAUUCCACUUCUGAUUAAUUGUCAAGAUAAACACUUUAUUGGAGAAUAGUACAAAGGUUUUCUUUGAUGACAUAGAAAAGAUGACUGCCAAUUAUUCCAAUAAUUUAUUGAAAAAUGUCCACCAGGAUCUAGAUUCACCAAAUAAUGGUGAAACAUUUUCGGUACAAGGGGAUUAUGAUUACUGGCAUUACAAUUGUGACGGUUUCAAUGAUAGGGGCUGGGGAUGUGGAUAUAGAACACUGCAAACCAUUUGUUCUUGGAUCAUAAACAAUGAACGUUUGCAAAAGACUGUUCCUAGUAUUGAUACAAUACAAAAGACCCUUGUUGCAGUCGAAGAUAAAGACGUGACAUUUAUUGGCUCAAAAGAAUGGAUAGGAAGUUUUGAAGUAUCUGUUGUGUUAAAUCAACUGUAUGACGUUCUUAGCAAAAUAAUUCACAUUUCGAGGGGAAAGGAAUUGAUAAAUCAUGUAGAUAGCAUUAAAAAGCAUCUUGAGCAAUUUGGCAGUCCCAUCAUGAUGGGUGGUGAUAGAGAUUGUUCCAGCAAGUGUAUAGUAGGAUUACAUAUUGCAGAUAAGGAUGUAUAUCUGCUAAUAGUGGAUCCGCACUUUGUCGGAAAAGCUAAGAGCGCGGAACACUUGAGGAACGAUCGUUGGGUGAAGUGGCAAAACUUGAAUGACUUCAUCGACAGUUCAUUUUAUAAUUUGUGUCUACCGCAGCUCAAAUAUCACACAUUAAAUAAAUAGCGUUAAAUAUAUAUUUUUAUAUUAUCUAUAUAAAAUAAUGUCGUGUAAUAAUUUCUUUGAAAAUUGCAAUUAUUUCAAAAAUGCAAUUUUAUAAGACACACUGAUUUACAGUAUAUAAUUCAUACUUAAGAAUUGUACAUAAACCUGACGUUCGU